AUGCCGUCCACUUCAUCACCUCCACCACAUCCUCCGCCCCAAACAAAGAACAAAGAGACUUCCACCGUCGUCACUGGUUGCUCUUUCCUCUUCGCGCUUCUUCACUGCCUCCGCAACGAGAAACGAACAACUCCAUCCUCCGACUCAGACUCCAACCCUCCUCAUCCCUUCUCCUACUCCCUCCUCCGCCGCGCAACAAACUCGUUCUCCAAUAUUCUCGGUCAUGGCGGAUUUGGUCCUGUCUAUUCCGGCACCCUCCCUUCCUCCGGUAAAUCAAUCGCCGUCAAGCUUAUGGACUCUAGUACAUCCUCCCUCGGCUGCCAAGGCGAACGUGAAUAUCACAACGAACUCUUCUUCGCCGCCAGGCUCCAUUCCGACCUCCUCGUCCCCGCAAUCGGUUUCUCAUCCGACCGCAAACGCCGCAAAUUCCUCCUCGUUUAUGAUCUCAUGAAAAACGGUAAUCUCCAUGACGCGCUUUUCCGUAGUAAAUGCCAUGAAUUAACGCACUGGAAAACGCGGUUUUCCAUAAUUCUCGACGUAGCGAAAGGAAUUCAAUAUCUUCAUUCUUGUGAUCCCCCAGUCAUUCAUGGUGAUAUUAAACCUAGUAAUAUUCUUCUUGAUCAUUCCUUUUCAGCUAAAAUCGCUGAUUUCGGUCUCGCGAGGUUGAAAACCGUUUCCCCUUUCGAAUUCAGAAAAGAUGAACUCGAGAGUGAUGAGACGGAAAUUGAGAGUGUUAAUACUAGCUUAGAGGAAUAUGAAACAGACAUGGUUGGUGUUGGUGGUGGCAGUGUGAAGGAUUAUGUAAUGAAUUGGAUUGGUAAAGAAGUGAAAGAGGAAAGGUCGAAAAACGGUGAAUUGUUGGUGGGUGGAAGUGGAAAGGUAGAGAAAAGCAAGAGCAAGAAGAAAAUGAAGUGGUGGGAAUCAAUGGAAGAGGGGAAUGGGAAGGGUGGUUUGAAGAAGGAAAAAAGAAGACCAGCAAGAGAAUGGUGGAAGGAGGAGUUUUCUAAAGAACUCGCCAACAAGAACAAGAGGAAAGAGAGCGGAAAAAAUGGUGAUAGUUGGUGGAAAUGGGAGAGAGAUCGCAACGACGUUGAUGAUGGCAAUGUGAAGAAGAAAAUGAGUAGUAAAAGCCGUAGCAGAAAGGAUCGUGGUAGCGAUGAUUCAUGGUUGAGUGGUGAGUUAAAGAGAGUCAAUAUGAAUAGCUAUGAUUCAUGUAAUAGUGGAGAAAUUUACAAGAGUGGUGAAAUCAGCAGUACAACAAGUACUCGAGGAACUGUUUUCUACGUCGCACCUGAAAACGGUUAUAGUGGUGGUGAUAUAACAGAGAAAUGUGAUGUUUAUAGUUUUGGGGUGUUGUUGCUUGUUAUUGUUUCUGGGAGGAGGCCUCUUGAGGUGAAUGAUGGUGUGCAUGUUUCUGAGUUUAAGAGAGCCAAUUUGGUGUCUUGGGCUAGACAUUGUGGAAGGAAUGGGAAACUACUUGAACUUAUUGAUCCUUGUGUUGAGUUGUUGUUAGGGGAUGAUAGAGACCAGGCUCUUUUAUGCAUCAGAGUUGCAUUGGUUUGUUUGAUGAAAUCGCCUAAUCGUCGUCCUUCGAUGAAACAAAUUGUGGGAAUGCUUAGUGGGGAGUUGGAACCACCUCGAUUAUCACAUGAGUGCUCGCAAACUCGAUUCCAAUUCAAGAAUAAAAAAGAAAACUUAUGA